AUGGAUGAAACAACUUGUGAAAGAUUUCCUAAAACCGUUGAGUACUCUACCAACCAAUGUCAAGAUAGUCAGUGGAAAGAAAAUAAGGGAAGUAACAGCCCAGGGGAGGUUAGUGUUAUGUGGCCCCUUCCCGCCGAUUCUUGUAAACACGAGCUGGGACGCACGUUGCCUACUGUGGAGUUUCUAUAUAAAGCUUCCAAUAAGGAGAGCGACGCUCGAGAAGCAAAAGGAAUAUCUCACACGGAAGCUGGUAGAUUUAAGGAGAAAUAUCAUGAAGGUGGAAACAAGAAAGAAAUACCGCCCACGUACAAUAAACAUUACAUAUACGACACAAGACAACAAAAUAAAGAGAUUCAUGGCCGGGGCUUCUGUUUCCUUAACACCAGCAAAACCGCCAGAAUUAACGAGUUCAAAGCUAAAAGAAAUGAAACAGAUGAUAGCAGAGUGGAGGUUUCAAAAUAUGACGAUAUUUCGAAAGGUGAAAUUUGCCCUAACAGAGAAGGAGUCAGCUGUAUUCUUGCACCCACCUGGCAAUUGCUCCGAGUCGGUGCCGUGGGAAACGUUGAAGGGAGGACAAAAUGGACAUCAUGUCGAUUUGUACAGCCGUACUAUAGAAUUGGAAGGGAUGGUAGCCAAAGACCUUUGCAUACUGUGUCAGAGGGUGGCACAGUCGGGCGUUGCAACAAUUCACCUAUGGUAAUUGAAAUUAUUGCAAAUGAGUCCGACCGUCACCAACUCGCACUUUCUCUUAACCGAGGGUUCUGUGAUGUAUCAAGACUCACCGAGUGUAUGAAUGCAAAAUCGGGUUACGACAUUUAUUUCGACGAGGUUCAGGAGUUUGGCUUUAGCCAUAUUAUACUCGUUGGGAAGCGUAACUAUGGAAUUAUAUUUAUAGAUUGUUAUGGUCGUUUUUUUGAGUUAGAUAGGAUGUCUGAUGCAUUGUGGCCUCUUGGAAAUUCUUUAGAAGAGGUGGCAACAAAGCGUUCUGACGGGACGGUAUGGGAUGUUGAUGAUAAUGGGAUUGUUCAUGAAUUUGAGUAUUAUAUUGAAUCUGAACUUACUACACAUAUUAUUAACACUGGACGUUUGGAUAAUCUUAAACCCCAGAAACUUGGUGAAGCCCAGAAAAAAGUCCAAAAGAGCAAGAAAAACAAGAACAGAAAAAAAAAUAAGAGCAAGAAAAAUAGCACGAUUUUUUAA